UGUGAAGGGAUACAACAACAUAUUAAACUCCCUGUCUGAAGACGAAAGGCUGCUGUUUAAGCCACUUAUACAGGCUUGUGAAAAAAAGAUUCAACCAGGCUUAAUAAAAUUGACUUGGACGUCCACAAUGUCUGACGCGUAUAUAGCGGACUGCUUAAUGCAAAUAGAAGAAGUUCAAGAUUUUUUAACGACAUAUAAAAAUUGCAACGUGAAUUUAGUAAAAAUUAUGGAAAAUAUUUGUGGAUCACCUUUGAUUGAACUGGAAAUAUACAAUGUUUUUGAAAUUCAUGAUUUGAGAAAUACACUUAGACGACUGCAAACUUCGUCUGUAGAAAAAUUAUUAGAAAUGUAUAAAGAAAUUGUUACUUACAUAAUAAUAGUAUACGAAGGCUUUGAAUCUCAAAUAACACAGAUGGCAGAUCAUUGGAUUAAAUACGUUAGAAGGUUUGAUAGAAUGCUCGAAGAUGCGUUACGUUUAAGUACUAAAGCAACGAUGCAAAAUAUUUAUAAAUGUGUACAUGGAGAUGGUACCAUGGCACCUGCUCCUCUUAUCAAAAUGAAUUUAUAUUUAUCGAAAUCUGAAAUAUUUUUUGAACCGACACGGUUCGAUAUUGAAGAUACUUUUGCAGCAGUAUACGAAGAAAUGCUGCAUAUAAUGGGGGCUGUCCCUAGGCUGUACGAGAAGUUUAGUUUACCGUCUGGUGGAUUGAAGAGGUUUCAAGAGAUUAUACAGCAAGAUGCAGAUUGCAAUCAGUUGCAAACAUUGAUAAAUGCGGAGAUUGAAUAUAAUAUGAAAAUUUUAAAAGAGCAUAUUCGGUUAUGGGAUCCAUAUGCUCAUAUUUAUAAAGUGAAUAAGGAUGAAUUUUUAGCUAAGUAUCGAAAGCAAAAACCUUCUGCUACUGAUUUUGACCAAUUGAUCAUCAGCUAUGGCAAUCUUGCUAAUUCAAUUCAAAUUCAAGACACUAUAAAUCAGAUACAUUUUAUUACGCUCAAUUCUAAUGAGUUGAAAAAGUCUUUGAUACAACACUGCUCAAAUUGGCAAACGCAAUUGGGAGAGUUGUUAUGCAAAAUAACGGAGUCAGAUAUUGAUGAUGUGUACAUAUACAUGGAAAAACAUAGCACUGAAGCUAUGACGAUGCCAAGUACUUUAGCUGAUUUACCUAAAGCUAUUUCAAUCUAUGAACGUCUAGUCGCUGAAGUGCCUCAAAUUGAGAAAACAUUUCCUCCGAUAAGUGCCAAAAUGGUUAUAUUAGAAAAAUAUGACGUGGAAGUUAGAGCUGAGGUAAUCGCGAGACACGAAAACAUUCCUAUCGCUUGGUUAGAGUAUUUAAAUGUACUGCAGGAAGCCAAGAAAGCUCUAGAGAUGAGUAGCGAUACAUUUAAAUCGGAUCUUCUUGAACAAGCCGAGGAACUCAAACAUAUCGCUAAAGACUUUUGUGAAGAAUUCUAUCAGACUGCCCCUUGUGGGGCAGAAAUAAGUAGCAAGGAUGCUUUGGCCCAAUUAAGAGGUUUUCGAGAGCGUACAAACAAAUUAAGAAACCAAGAACAAGCUAUUCGCGACGGAUUGGCUGUUUUUAAUAUGACUAUACCUGUGAAUCUCGAUCUUCAAAAAAUGGAGAAAGAGUUGGAGAAAUUGGAGGAGGUUUGGGAACUAGUCAACAAAUGGGAAGAGUCUUGGGAGAAAUAUAAAGAUCAAAGGUUUUGGGAGAUGGAAACCGAUGAAAUGGAAGAUACUACUAUGUUUUUGUUUAGAAAUUUUAAUCGACUCUCGCGGCAGCUCAAAGACAAAGGUUGGGGUAUAAUUGAAGCUACUAGAGCCACAGUUGAUGCGUUUCGCAGAACAUUACCGUUGAUUGGAGAUUUAAAAAAUCCUUGUAUGAGAGACAGACAUUGGGAUAGAAUAAAGACGUUAAUGGAAGCGGAAUUUGAUCAGGACUCCGAAGAAUUUAAAUUAGAAUUGAUUAUGCGCCUAAAUUUUCAAACAUAUGCAGAGGAAAUUGCUGAAAUAUCUAAAGCCGCUACUAUGGAACUUAAUAUAGAAAAUGGUCUUAAAGCCAUUAAGAUGGUAUGGGAUACCACAAUGUUUGAAAUGCAACACUACAGGGAUAAGAUGCACAGAAUAAAAAAUGUUGAUGAGGCGAUGCAGAUAUCGCUUCAAGUUCAACGACGAUAUUUAUAUCUUGAUAUCAUAUUUGCUGGAGAAGAUAUACGAAAGCAAUUGCAAAAAGAGGUAAUGAUUUUCGAUGCAUUGACGGAGGAUUGGGCUGAAAUAACAAAAAACUUGGCACAUGGACAAAAUGCAGUAGCAGCAUGCACGUACAAACCUACACCUUACUUAUUAAAUAAACUUAAUCACAUGAUAGACAGUCUUGACGAGAUCUUGCGAUGCUUGGAACAAUAUCUGGAAGUAAAGCGACAGCUGUUCCCAAGAUUUUAUUUUAUAUCAAAUGACGACUUAUUAGAAAUAUUGGGAAACUCAAAAAAACCACAAUUAAUUCAAGUUCACUUAAAAAAAUUAUUUGAUAAUAUUCAAAAAAUCCGGAUAGAUAAGAAUUCUGUGGGGCAGCCGGUGGCCAAGGCAAUGAUAUCUGAUGAUGGUGAGUGUAUAGAAUGGAAGCACAACUUGGUGCUUGAUGGACCCUCGGAAACCUGGCUACUUGGUCUUGAGCAGACAAUGAGAAGUGUGUUAAGAGAUCGACUUAUUUUGACUCGAGCUGCAUUAAGAAAAUGUAGAUAUCAAAGAGAGCAGUGGAUCAAUGAUUGGCCUGGUCAACUGGUCAUUACAAGCAGUAAGAUUCAGUGGACUUCCGACUGUACGCGAACAUUGUGCCGAUGUGAGCUCAUGAAAGAGAAGAAACCACUGAGGAAGCUGCGAAAAAAACAAAAUCAGAUCCUAAGCACACUUCAGUCUAUGUCUCGGAAGGAGAUUUCGAAAAUUUUACGCUGCAAAGUUAAUGCGUUAUGUGUGAUUGAGAUUCACUCAAGAGAUACAGUUGAUAGGAUGUAUAAAAUGGGUUGCAUGAACGUGACUGCGUUUGAGUGGUUCUCCCAGUUAAAGUUCUAUUGGGACAGGGAACGAGAAGACUGUUAUAUAAAACAGACGAACACUAGCAUGGUCUACUCGUACGAGUACAUUGGAAACUCUGGUCGAUUGGUGAUUACUCCGCUCACUGACAGAUGCUACAUCACGCUGACUACCGCUCUGCACCUGUUCCGGGGCGGCAGUCCCCAGGGCCCGGCCGGGACCGGCAAGACUGAGACCACGAAGGACCUGGGCCGAGCGCUGGGCAGAUGGGUCGUCGUCACCAACUGCUCCGACGGCCUCGACUAUAAGUCUAUGGCUAAAUGUUUUUCAGGAAUAGCUCAAAGUGGGUGCUGGGGCUGCUUCGACGAGUUCAACCGAAUCAAUAUCGAGGUGCUCUCGGUCGUGGCGCAGCAGAUACUGUCCAUACUCCAGGCGCUCUCCCUACACCAGAAACGGUUCACUUUCGAGGGCACCGAAAUCAAACUCGAAGCCAACUGUGGCAUCUUCAUAACUAUGAAUCCUGGGUAUGCCGGACGAACAGAACUGCCAGAUAAUCUCAAGUCGAUGUUCCGCCCCAUAGCGAUGUGCGUUCCCGACUCGCUCAUUAUUGCAGAGAACAUUCUCUUCUCCGAUGGAUUUAAUGCUUAUAAAGUUAACGCUAAAAAGGUGUUCACUCUAUAUCAGUUGGCCAGUCAGCAGCUAUCAAAACAGGAGCACUACGACUUCGGUCUGCGGUCGAUGGUGGCGCUUCUGCGGUACGCGGGCACGCAGCGACGCGCGCAUCCCAACCUGCCCGAACAGGAGAUGGCAAUCCUAGCCAUGCGGGACAUGAACGUAGCUCGUCUCACGGCGAAGGAUGUGCCGCUGUUCGACGGCAUCAUGCAGGACAUAUUCCCCGACGUCGUCAUACCCACACUCGACUACGAGGUCCUAGAGACCGCUCUCACUAAGGAGAUGAGAGCGGCUGGCCUGCAACCGAUACGAUCAGCGCUGCUUAAGAUCAUACAGAUAUAUGAAACAAAGAAUUCUCGUCAUUCGAGCGUUAUACUGGGCGACACGAAUACCGCCAAGUCUGUAUCGUGGAAGAUGCUGGCGGCGGCUCUGACGCGUCUACAUAACGAGAAUGUUCCCGGGUUUGAGAGGGUCCACGUUUUUCCUAUGAACCCUAAAGCUCUGACGCUUGGGGAGCUGUAUGGAGAGUAUAAUUUGUCUACUGGGGAGUGGAAAGAUGGGGUGUUGUCGUCGAUCAUGAGAAGUGCUUGUCAAGACGAAUCGCCCGAUUUAAAGUGGAUAAUAUUCGACGGUCCGGUGGAUGCGAUCUGGAUCGAGAAUCUGAACUCCGUGAUGGACGACAACAAGCUACUCACGUUGGUCAACAGCGAACGUAUUGCUAUGCCUUCGCAGGUAUCGCUCCUGAUAGAGACGCUGGACCUGGCUGUGGCGUCGCCGGCGACGGUGUCUCGCAACGGCAUCGUCUACAACGACUACAGCGACUGGGGCUGGUGGCCCUACGUCAACUCCUGGCUGGAGACUGUUGAAGAUGUGGAGUAUCGAGAAAUGCUCCGGCGCCACUUCACCAACAUCCUGACUCCGGUGCUAGAGUUGAAGCGACUACAGUUAGGAGAGGGGUCGAGCGUGCGCGGGCAGGAGCUGAGCGGCGUGCGCGCGUUGUGUCGCCUGCUGGACGGCCCCGCCCCCUCUGCCGACAAUGAUGACAAUGAGGGCUUCUCUAAGAUGAAGUUUCUGUUCGCAAUGAUCUGGUCAGUUUGCGCGACGCUAAACGAGGAGUCGCGGAGGAAGAUAGACGCGUGGAUACGCGAGCACGAGGGCGUGUUCCCGCUCAAGGACACGGUAUACGACUACUUCGUGGACGAGCGGCUGAGGCAGUUCCGGCUCUGGGAGGACAAGCUGCCUGAUGACUGGAGAUUCAAUCCAAGUACGGGGUUCCACUCGAUCUUGGUGCCGACGGUGGAGCAGGUGCGCGUGGCUCACGUGUGCGCGCGGCAGCUGCGUGCCGGCCGCGCCGUGCUGCUGGGCGGAGCUGCUGGCUGCGGCAAGACCAGCCUGCUGCGAGCCGCCCUGCAGCGACUGGACCCUGAAAAGUACAGCGUUCAAGUGAUCAACGUGUCUGCACAGACUACGGCUGCCAACGUCCAAGAUAUUAUAGAAGCUCGGCUUGAAAAGAGAACCAAAGGGAAUUAUGUGCCCGCUGGUGGUAAGAAGAUGAUCGCUUUCAUGGACGAUAUUAAUAUGCCGGUGCGCGACGAGUAUGGUUCUCAGCCACCCUUAGAACUCCUGAGGCUGUGGUUCGACUAUGGCUACUGGUUCGACCGGCAAAAACAGUGGAAGAAAAACGUUAAGGGUAUGGUGGUGUGCGGUUCAGCGGGUGCCCCGGGCGGCGCGCGCGGUCCCCUGCCGGCUCGCCUGCUGUCGCGCUUCCACGCCCUCUACAUCCCGCCCCCCGACCACGCCCAACUCACACGCAUAUACGGCACCAUGCUCGCCCAACAUCUGGCGGAUUUCGACGAGGAGACAAAGUCUGUUGGAAAAGUAGUGUUAGCAGCUACCAUAGACAUGUUUGACAACAUCGUCGCAAAACUUUUGCCCACUCCCAGCAAGAUGCAUUAUCUGUUUAAUCUCAGAGACAUGUCCAAAAUAUUUCAGGGCUUACUUAGAAGUAACAAGGACUACCAGAACACCAAGCCUCGCUUCCUUCGUCUGUGGAUUCACGAGUGUUUCAGAGUCUUUUCUGACCGGCUUAUUGAUGACAAGGAUCGCGAUUGGUUCAUGGACCAGAUCAGCGAGAUGCUCGGCAAACACUUCGAGCUGACAUUCCACUCGCUGUGCCCGACCAAGAGCCCGCCGAUAUUUGGACACUUCCUCAACCCCUACGAGAUAUAUGAGGACAUACAGGACCCUAAAGUGUUGCGAAAAUACAUAGAGAAUCAGUUAGAGGAGUACAACAGUAGUCCGGGUGUGGUCAAGAUGCAGCUGGUGUUGUUCAGCGACGCCAUAGAGAACGUGUGCCGCAUCGCGCGCGUGCUCUCGCAGCCUAGAGGCAACGUGCUCAACGUCGGCAUAGGUGGCUCGGGUCGUCAAAGUUUAACUCGACUGGCGUCGUACAUCUGCGAGAGUAACUCGUUCCAAGUCGUCGUCACCAAGACGUAUGGUGUUAAAGACUUUAGAGAGGACUUAAAGAAAGUAUACACGGCGUGUGGCGUAGACAACAAAAAAACGACGUUCAUAUUCAGCGACACGCAGAUUGCAGAAGAGACGUUCACAGAGAUCAUCAACAACCUGCUUGGCACGGGGGAGAUUACUAAUCUGUAUAAACCUGAUGAGUUUGAAGAAAUAAAACAAGCACUCGAGAAGCCAAUGAAAAACGCCAACCUGUUACAAACUAACGAGACCACAUACCAGUUCCUUGUGGAGAGAGUACUGGAUCAUCUACACAUAGUGCUCUGCUUCAGUCCUAUUGGAGAGGGCUUCCGAAACCGCAUCCGUCAAUAUCCAGCGCUCAUAAACAGUACUACCACCAACUGGUUUGUGGACUGGCCGCGCGACGCGCUACUAGAGGUGGCCUACCGCUUCCUGGACGGUGUCGAUCUACUUGUGUCUAUCACUGGACCGAGGGUACGAAGGAAGGAGUCAGUCGUUGAAAGUCGUGAAGACGUACUGCGGGCUUCAGUCGCCUCCAUAAUGUCUCUGAUACAUUCCUCCGUGGGCGCCUACUCGAUCAAGAUGUGGGAGGAAAUGAAACGCACCAACUACGUCACGCCGACCAGCUAUCUUGAACUUGUCUCUGGAUAUAAAGAACUGCUUAAAUCCAAGAGAGUCGAAGUAUCACUUCAAGCUAACAAGCUCAGGAACGGUUUGGAUAAAAUUGAAGAAACCACUACACUUGUCGGUCAAAUGUCUGAAGAAUUAGCAACAGCCAAAGUGCAAGUAGUGGAAUACACGGAGCAGUGCGUAGAAUACAUGAACGAGAUCAACGUGCAACGGCGUAACACGGACGAACAGCAACGUAGCGUCGCCGCGCGCACCGCUAAGACGUUAGAGGAGGAGGCGCAGUGUUUGAAGCUGGCGGAGGCGGCUAAGCGCGACUUGGCCUCCGCUAUGCCCGCGCUCGAGGAGGCCAUACAGGCUCUAGACGCUCUUAACAAAAAAGACAUCACUGAAGUAAAAUCCUACGCUAAGCCUCCUCAAAAGGUUGAAAUGGUGUUGGAAGCGGUACUCAUAUUGUUAAAGAAAGAACCAACUUGGGCUGAAGCGAAACGUCAGCUUGGUGACCAAUACUUUUUGGAUCGUCUAAGAGAUUUCGACAAGGAUAACAUAGCUGAUAAGACGUUAAAGAAGAUCGGAACUUACACCGCUAAAGACGACUUUGAGCCCGAGGCAGUAGGAGUCGUGUCGCUCGCUGCUAAGUCGCUGUGUCUCUGGGUUCGAGCUAUAGAGAAAUAUGGAAAAGUUUACAAGAUCGUGAAGCCAAAGAAAGAGCGCCUAGAAGAGGCACAAGAGUCGCUUCGUAUGAAACAACAGAUACUGGCCGAGGCGAGGGCCCGACUGCGCGAGUUGAGUGAACAGCUGGAGCGACUGCAGCGAGAAUACGACGAGAAGUUGGCGCAGAAGGAGCAGUUGGAGGAGAGAUCGCGGGUGUUACAGAUGAAGUUGGAGAGAGCUGAGGCUUUGAUAACGGGGUUGUCAGGCGAGAAAGAACGUUGGGAGCUUACAGUAGAGCGGUUGGAUAAGGAGUUUGACAACCUGCCCGGGGACUGUCUCAUAGCGACCGGCUUCGUCGCGUACCUCGGACCGUUCAUAUCGGAGUACAGAGAGAACUUGAUGACUGAUUGGUUUAGAGAGGUGUUUGACGAAAAAAUCCCAGUGACUAUGGAAUUGAGUAUGAAGAACUUUUUGCUGGAUGAUGCGACUCUGAGAUCGUGGAAUUAUAUGGGAUUACCUGAUGAUAACUUUAGCGCUGAGAACGGUAUAAUCGUGGUGCGCGCGACGCGCUGGCCGCUGGCAGUAGAUCCACAAGGCCAAGCUCUUAUUUGGCUUUCACAUCUUGAGGAGAAAAAUAAUAUACAGAUUGCGGACUUUGGACAGCCAGACUACAUGAAGAUCAUGGAAUCGUGCUUAUCAGAAGGAAAGCCGGUUAUUAUACAGAACGUGGGAGAAGUUCUAGAUCCCUCCAUCGCCCCAAUACUGGAUCGAGCCAUUGUGAAGAUCGGGAGCAGCAUGGUGAUCAAGUUUAAUGAGAAGAUGGUAGCUUACCAUAGCAAUUUUAAGAUGUAUCUUACGACGAAGUUGGGAAAUCCCUCGUACACCCCAGAGACGUUAACCAAGACGACUCUGGUGAACUUCUCGGUGAAGGAGCAGGGUCUAACAGCUCAGCUGCUCGGCGCCGUCGUGCGAAGAGAGAGGCCGCAGCUUGAACUGAUGAAGGACAAACUGGUGCACACUAUAGCUGCUAAUGAGAAGAUUCUGGUUGACUUGGAGAACGACUUGCUACGUAUAAUGUACGAAUCACAAGUGCCACUGUUAGACAAUGAUGAGUUGUUUGUGACGCUACAGACCUCGCAGCGGACCUCACUCGAGGUCAAAGAGGCUUUAGUGACCUCACUCGAGACUGAAAAGGAGAUUGAUGAAGCGAGAGCGGGCUAUGUGCCGGUAGCAGUGCGGGCGUCGGUGUUAUUCUUCGCGCUAAACGACCUAUCCCGCAUAGACCCGAUGUACCAGUUCUCGCUGGAGGCCUACAUAGACCUGUUCACGUAUUCCAUAGACCGCAGCCCCAAGAGCCAGGAGCUAGAGGACAGAAUCAAUAAUCUCAACGAGUUCCAUACGUUUGCUGUUUACAAAAACACAUGUCGUGCCCUAUUCGAGCGCCACAAGCUACUGCUGUCCUUCCACAUCGUGACCCGAAUCCUGUUCCAAAUGGGCAAGAUGAGCACGCAGGAGUAUUUCUUCUUACUCAAGGGUGGAAUAGUUCUAGAUCGUUCCGAACAACCGGACAACCCGACCCCUUGGUUACCUGACGAGUGCUGGGAUAACAUCACCGAGCUGAACAAAAUACCGGGAUUCCACGGCAUUAUUGACUCAUUCGAGACCUACUCCAAGGAAUGGAAAGAGUGGUAUUUGAAUCCGGAGCCUGAGGCACAACCUCUCAUUGGUGAUUGGAACGAGAUAUGCAACGAGUUCCAGCGUAUGUUGGUGGUACGCUCGCUGCGUGCGGAUCGCGUGGCGGCGUGCGUGUCCGGCUUCGUCGUCAACGCGCUCGGCCCGCGGUAUGUCGAGCCGCCUGUGCUGGAUAUAAGAGCGGCUUGGGAAGAGUCGUCAUGGAAGACGUCGCUGCUGUUCGUGUUGUCACCGGGUGUUGAUCCCACCGCCAACCUCACUCAGCUGGCCAUAGAUGUGAAGAUGAUUGACAAAUUCCAGUCAUUGAGUCUUGGGCAGGGACAGGCAGAAGCCGCCCAUAGAAUCCUAACUCAAGGCAUGUCCUCUGGCGGCUGGGUGUACCUAGCUAACUGUCACCUGGCAUGCGAGUGGCUGGGGCGGCUGCGCGGGCUGGACGCCACGGGAAUACACCCGAGAUUCCGCCUGUGGCUGUCUUCCAUGCCUGACCCCAAGUUCCCGUUGAGCUUCCUGCAGCGGAGUAUCAAGAUGACCACUGAGCCGCCUCAGGGUAUAAAAGGUAAUCUCGUGCGACUCCUCGCGAACGUGAACGACGAGAGGUUCGACAACGCGACGCCCAAGUACCGCCGGCUGCUGUUCUGCGUCGCCUUCUUCCACUGCACGCUCAUCGCGCGCAAGAGGUUCCGCCAGCUCGGCUACAACGCUGUAUACAGCUUUAAUGACUCGGAUUUUGAGGUAUCAGACAGUCUGCUAGUGAGCUACCUGGAGGAGUACGAGGAAGUGCCGUGGGACGCGCUCCGCUACCUGCUGGCCAUCAUCAACUACGGCGGACACAUCACUGACGACUGGGACAAGCGCGUGCUCAUCGCUUACAUCAACCAGUUCUUCUGUGUUGAAGCGCUGGAUGUGCCGUUUUACAGGUUAUCCACGAUCCCGGCGUACCACGUGCCGCGCGACGGCAGCGUGCAGUCGUACCGCGACUGGGCGGAGCUGCUGCCCGCCGGCGAGCGCGCCGAAUCCGUCGGCCAGCACGCCGCUGCCGACGUCGCGACGCAAGCGCAGGACGCCCUGACUUUAUGUUCCACAAUGUUUACGCUGGCGUCCACCGGCGGCGGCGGAAGCGGUGGUGGGGAAGAUGAAAAGGUUGACGAGUUGGCAUCAGAAAUGCUAUCGAAACUCCCGUCUACCAUCGACGUGGAAACGACAGAAAAGUUGAUGGGAGCGGAGAUCGUGAUGCCUCUAUGUGUAUCGCUGCUGCAGGAGAUCGGAUACUUCAACAAACUUCUUACGGGCAUUGUCAAAGGACUUCAAGAAUUGCGUCGCGCCAUCGAAGGGUUGGUAGUGAUGUCGGAGAAGCUGGAGUCGAUGUACACGUCUAUCUAUGAAGGAAAAGUACCAACGUUUUGGCAAAAAGGUCGUCCGUCGCUGAAGCCGCUGGGCGCGUGGUGUCGCGAGUUGUGGCAGCGCGGCGCGCAUCUGUCCGCGUGGGCGCGCGCCCCUCGCGCCCCGCCCGCGCUGUGCUGGCUGCCCGCCCUAGUAGCGCCCGCAGCGCUGCUGGCUGCUGUGCUACAGACAACAGCUCGCGCGGAGGGCUGGCCCAUCGACACGCUGUGCUGGGAGUUCACCGUCGUACCGUUGGAGGAAAGCGCCUUCGUCAGGCCACCGCGCGAUGGUGGCGUUUAUAUAAGGGGUCUGUACCUGGAGGGCGCGAGCUGGCAACGCCGCGAGGGCUACCUGCAGGAGCCGCUGCCCAUGCAGCUGGUGCACCCUAUGUUGCCCAUACACUUCAAGCCCGUGCGUGCUACUGGACGCAAACUACGGAACAGAUACGUGUGUCCGUGCUACUACUACCCGCUGCGCGCGGGCGCGUUUGUAGUCGCAGUGGACUUGCCCGCUGGACAGCAGACUCCGGAGUACUGGGUUAAACGAGGCACGGCGCUGCUGUGCACGCUCGCUACGUAAAAUAUUGUAGAUGGUACGUUGUUUGUACUCUGUACGCCGUUUAUAUAGUAGAACUGAAUUAUAUUCGCUAAAGAUGCUUGGAAUCUCUCAAUGAAAUAAAAAGUGUUUAAUUUUUUAAUUUUCAUGUAUUUAUUUAAUUUAUUGGGAGCUGGAAACGAGUCCUUUGCUCUAAUUUUCAUCUAUUAAAACGAUGAUUGCCACGCGCAAAAAGCAGAAUGGCACUAUGGUCUGAAUGUAGUUUAUACGUGCGUAUAAGGUACGCAGUGCGUGUACGAAAUCGUAUUGUACGCUAAUGCGUGCCUGUCAAACGCAUGUUAAAUGUAUGAAUUGCAACUUCAGAUAUAAUUAUUUGAUAUUUCCUUUUAACGCUUAAUAAUCUUUAUAGAGUGUUCCAUGCAACGUUCUGUUUAAUUCAUUUAAAUAAAACAACUGUA